CGCUAUCCUCUUCUGUUCUUAAAGAUACAUCAAAAGAUUUUCUUCAAUUACACACACUGCCGCUCUCUACUUCUUCUUCUUCUUCUGCUCAAGCCAAAAAUUCUUUCUUAACUCUUUACUUUCUUUGAAGAGAGAAUCUUAAGGUGAGACAUAUAAAAGGACAGUGAGGGUGUAUAGUAACACAAAACAGAACAACAAAAAAGAAAUGCAGAGUUUCAAGGCAGUUCCAGCUAACCCACAAAUGUACUACCACUCCAACUUCUUUCUUCGGGGAGAUGGAAGUGGGAGAGACCAGACACGUUUUUCGGAUCUUGGAGAGCUUGAACAAUCCGCUGCUGCUUUUCAUCACGAUGAUGCUGUUGAUUUAAGCCCAAACUCAAUCUUCAAUAUAAAACCGGUUAGUGUUGCUGUUGUUCCUAAUAGCCUACACUAUGGGACCUUGAACACGAGCAUUGGGUGUGUGGACACUGGGCAGCAAUUCGGUAUUGGUGCUGCUUUGGCAAACGGACAGCAUAUUGAGAACUGGGGUGACUCUGCCAUGGCUGCAGACACCAGCCAACAAACUGAAACUUCCACAGAUGUUGACACCGAUGAUAAAAACCAAUUUCAUGGAGUUCAGAAUGGAGCACUUGUGGCUGUAGAUUCCAUGGAACAAUCUAAGGGAAAAUCUGGUGACCAAAAGAUACUCAGAAGGCUGGCUCAGAAUAGGGAAGCUGCAAGGAAGAGCCGUUUGAGGAAGAAAGCAUAUGUCCAGCAGCUGGAGAAUAGUCGACAAAGGCUAACACAACUAGAGCAAGAGCUCCAACGAGCACGCCAGCAGGGUUUCUUUAUUGCACCUGGUAUUUCUGGGGAUCAUAGUCAUCCAAUGGCUGGAAAUGCUGCCCUAGUAUUUGAUAUGGACUAUGCACGCUGGCUUGAUGAACAUCAAAAGCUGAUCAAUGAUCUAAGAUCAGCUGUGAAUUCUCAUAUGGGUGAUAAUGACUUGCGCCUUCUUGUUGAUGGCGUAAUGGCGCAUUAUGAUGAAAUUUUCAGGCUGAAAAGCAUUGGUGCAAGGUCUGAUGUAUUUCACAUGCUUUCUGGCAUGUGGAAGACACCUGCCGAGAGGUGUUUCAUGUGGUUGGGAGGAUUCCGUUCAUCUGAACUUCUCAAGAUACUGGGGAACCACCUCGAACCUUUGACAGAUUCACAGCUGAUGGGCCUAUGUAAUUUGCAGCAAUCUUCCCAGCAGGCUGAAGAUGCCUUAUCACAAGGGAUGGAGGCUUUGCAACAAUCCCUUGUGGAGACACUUUCUUCAACCUCUUUGGGCCCUAAUGGUUCUGGCGAUGUUGCUGACUACAUGGGACAAAUGGCAAUUGCAAUGGGCAAGCUUGCGACGCUAGAAAAUUUCCUUCACCAAGCUGACCUUUUGAGGCAGCAAACACUGCAACAAAUGCAUCGAAUUUUGACCACUCGUCAAGCUGCUCGUGCUCUUCUGGUUAUCAGCGAUUACAUCUCACGUCUUCGGGCUCUAAGUUCAUUAUGGAACUCUAUAGAAGCUAUGGGACCAUCAAGAUGGAGAACAAUUAUGCGGAAUGGUCCUGGAGAGUCUAUUUCUGUAGCUGCUGUUCUGUUAUGCCAAUCAUAGAUAAGGUUCUGCUCUUGGCUUGUAAAAUAGUGCCUGAGCGGUGGUUCCCUUAAAUUUGUAAUUCAGGAAUGUCUUCCUAGGCAUGGAUGGAUAGUGAUGACCACGGUACAAUGUGAUAAUAUUCUUCUAAUAUAAGCUGAUGCUUGAAAGUUGAAAGCAUUUAACCGUAG